AUGUUUCUAAUAUUGUUUGGACUACUCAGUCUUGUCAACAACAUCGCGCUCGCGUUAAUGGUUACACCGGAUUCACCAUGCAUGUCUUUAUGUAGUGAUGGUCAGGGCUCGGAUAGUAUUGAUGGAAGUGAAAUUGUCUGCCAAAAUGAACAUUUCAUGACCACUACAGCUGGCCAAAAAUUGAAAUCAUGCCUCUCUUGCUUGCAGUUGAGUACUGCAGCUGGUAACGGCCAAAAUGAUCAACACAGCUUUAUGUAUAAUAUUCGUUAUACUUUGGCAUCAUGCUUAUAUGAAUUUGCCAAUGCUACAGAUAUAAUAGCGACACCGUGCUCUACCUCAAAAGCUUGUGGCCCAUUCCAACUAGCGAUUGAAGAUGGAAACUUCAUCACCAAAAAUGAAACAGCUUAUGGAUAUUGCUCGGCAAACUACAAUUCUAUUUUGAGUGGCGGCACUUCCGCAUGUAAAAGUUGUCUCCAAUCUGGUAACACAGAAUCCUAUCUCUCAAAUUUCCUGAUAGCUCUCCAGGCAGGAUGUCACCAACAGCCCCCGGACGGGACUAUCAUUGGUCUUAAUGCCUCCGUAUUCUCUCAAUAUGCCAUCACCGAAACAUCCCCUGGGCAAAGCUACAAUACCACCGUUCCCAGUACCACCGCAUCCGGAAAAGGUCUAUCCAAGCACACAAUCAUUGGGGUGUCUGUAGGUCUUGGUAUUUUCCUCCUCAUUACCCUUUUCAUUAUUUUUACGCUGUGGCGUAAUUAUAUUUCCUUGAAACGUGGACGUGAACGGCAUACUCCUUUGGAUGAGAGAUAUGGUGCUUUCAAUAUCACUGCGCUUAACGAAGGUGCAUUCGGAAACCCACAAACGCGAUCCAACACCAUCACCCUAGCUGCACCUCCACCACCUAGAAAACAUAAUGAUACAAACAUGCCACCGCCAUUCAAUCUUUCAAAGUACCCAAGCGACGAUAAAAGUUUGCAUAAGCACGAUACGAUCAUUCUCCCAGCUCAUCACGCUUACUAUUCCCCUUCGAUACCUCAUUCAAAUCCAUAUACGAGAACAGAAGAUACAGUGCCAAUAAUGCUUCACGAGGAAGCGUCCUCACCGUAUUUGUAUCCUCAUUCGUCUACCACACAGACUCCAAUUUCUGGUCCUCCGAGAAAUUUUUCACCGCCAACACAAAAUCUGGCGCGGAUAUCGGAGAAUAAUGAGGGUGUAAAUUCUUACAACCGGGAAAAGGCUCAAGAUAAGAGGAUGGUAAGAAAUAUAGACAGAGACAGGGAUGUGAGUAUAAAUUCAGACGUAACGAUGAGUUACGCGAGAGCCGCUAUCGAUGGCACGCAGAACAGUGGAAUUGGUGCUUCCUCUCUUGCUCCGAGCGCACGAGACAUUGAAACAAGGUUAGAUAGUGGUGGAGAGGAGAGAACGAAAAGUCCCCUCGAAGGGGAAGAUAUUGGAUAUAUGAGGGAGAAGGAAAGGCAAAGGAAGAAGAAAAGAGUACCGAAGAGGAUGUCGGUUAUUGACGACCAGGAUCAGAAUCAGGAUCAGGAUCAAUGGCCUGGAGAAUUCUGA